AUGGAGGGCCUGGCUGGCUAUGUAUACAAGGCGGCCAGCGAGGGCAAGGUGCUGACUCUGGCCGCCUUGCUUCUCAACCGGUCUGAAAGCGACAUCCGCUAUUUGCUUGGCUAUGUCAGCCAGCAGGGAGGGCAGCGCUCCACGCCGCUCAUCAUCGCAGCUCGCAAUGGGCACGCUAAGGUGGUGCGCUUGCUGUUAGAACAUUACCGGGUGCAGACUCAGCAGACUGGCACCGUCCGCUUCGAUGGGUAUGUCAUUGAUGGUGCCACUGCUCUUUGGUGUGCCGCAGGAGCAGGACAUUUUGAAGUUGUUAAACUUCUAGUCAGUCAUGGAGCCAACGUGAACCACACCACAGUAACUAACUCAACCCCGCUGCGGGCAGCAUGCUUUGAUGGCAGAUUGGACAUUGUGAAAUACUUGGUCGAAAAUAAUGCCAACAUCAGCAUUGCCAACAAGUAUGACAACACUUGCCUAAUGAUUGCAGCCUAUAAGGGACACACUGAUGUGGUCAGAUAUCUUUUAGAACAACGUGCUGAUCCGAAUGCUAAAGCACAUUGUGGAGCCACAGCAUUGCAUUUUGCAGCUGAAGCUGGGCACAUAGAUAUUGUGAAGGAGCUGAUAAAAUGGCGUGCUGCUAUAGUAGUGAAUGGCCAUGGGAUGACACCAUUAAAAGUAGCUGCUGAAAGCUGUAAAGCUGAUGUUGUUGAACUAUUGCUCUCUCAUGCUGAUUGUGACCGGAGAAGUCGGAUUGAAGCUUUGGAGCUCUUGGGUGCCUCCUUUGCAAAUGAUCGUGAGAACUACGACAUCAUGAAGACAUAUCACUAUUUAUAUUUAGCUAUGUUGGAGAGGUUUCAAGAUGGUGAUAACAUUCUUGAGAAAGAGGUUCUCCCACCAAUCCAUGCUUAUGGGAAUAGAACUGAAUGUAGAAAUCCUCAGGAACUGGAAUCCAUUCGGCAAGACAGAGAUGCUCUUCAUAUGGAAGGCCUUAUAGUUCGGGAACGGAUUUUAGGUGCUGACAACAUUGAUGUUUCCCAUCCCAUCAUUUACAGGGGAGCUGUUUAUGCAGAUAACAUGGAAUUUGAACAGUGUAUUAAGUUGUGGCUUCAUGCCCUGCACCUCAGACAGAAAGGUAACAGAAAUACCCAUAAGGAUCUUCUUCGAUUUGCCCAAGUUUUUUCACAGAUGAUACAUUUAAAUGAAACUGUGAAGGCCCCAGACAUAGAAUGUGUUUUGAGAUGCAGUGUUUUGGAAAUAGAACAGAGUAUGAACAGAGUAAAAAAUAUUCCAGAUGCUGAUGUCCACAGUGCUAUGGACAAUUAUGAAUGUAACCUCUAUACCUUUCUGUAUUUAGUGUGCAUCUCCACUAAAACACAGUGCAGUGAAGAAGAUCAGUGCAAAAUUAACAAGCAGAUCUACAACCUGAUUCACCUUGACCCCAGAACUCGUGAAGGUUUCACCCUGCUGCAUCUAGCUGUCAACUCAAAUACCCCAGUUGAUGAUUUCCACACCAAUGACGUCUGCAGCUUCCCAAACGCGCUCGUCACAAAGCUCCUGCUGGACUGCGGUGCUGAGGUGAACGCUGUGGACAAUGAGGGGAACAGUGCCCUCCACAUUAUUGUUCAGUACAACAGGCCCAUCAGUGAUUUUUUGACCUUGCACUCUAUCAUCAUUAGUCUAGUUGAAGCCGGCGCUCACACUGACAUGACAAAUAAACAGAAUAAAACUCCACUAGACAAAAGUACAACUGGGGUAUCAGAAAUACUACUUAAAACUCAAAUGAAGAUGAGUCUCAAGUGCCUGGCUGCCCGGGCAGUUCGGGCUAAUGACAUUAACUACCAAGACCAGAUCCCCAGAACUCUUGAAGAGUUUGUUGGAUUUCAUUAA